AUGGCCAUGAACGCAAAGGGCACACACGUGUGGCAGACGCACCAGCUUGACCCAGUGCAGCACCCGCGCUACAACAGCUACGAGGGCGAGUUCCGGACGGGCGAGCGCCACGGCCAGGGUGUGUUUCACUACGCCUCGGACGCAACCUUUACCGGCCGCUGGGGCCACAACCUGAAACAAGGCUCUGGCGUCUACGUGGACGUGGUGCAGGCCAAGACCAUGCAGGACUUCAUCGACGACAAGGUGAUGUACGUAUGCGAGACAAGCGAGGAGACGGGCACCACGAUGUGCGUGUACAGCGAUCUCCGCGACUUCGAACAUCUGCUGAAGCCUACGUACCAGCUGGACAUGGGGCCACUGCUGCAGGGUCUGCCGGAGGCGCAGCGCGAGCUCAUCUCAGAGCAGGUGUGGAUCGUGCUGCGCCGGCACAUAUCUGAGUUGCGCCGCAUCUACAACUACUACAGCGGCCUGGGUACCAGUGACCUCAAGGACAAGAGCUACGUGGCCAUGACGCAGCUGCAGUGGUGGCAGAUGAUGCGCGAUUGCGACGUCCACCUGUCGGGGGUGCCGGCCCAGGUGCUGAUGGGUAUCCCAAUGCUGGCCUGUGGCACUGGUCACCCGCUGGCCGUGGUCCACUUCCAUGAGUACCUGCUCAUGUUCCUGCUUCUGGCUGACAUUCUGUACACGAGCGAGCAGGACUGGCAGCUGGCCGAGCGGGUCGGCCGCUUCAUCGAGCAGGUGGUGCUGGUAAGGGACGCGCGCGUCAUCAGCGGCCUGACCGUGACGCUGCCGCUCAGUCAGCGGCCGCUGGCACCGCAGCUGGAGCAGCUGUACGAGGUGUUCCAGCUGCUGCAGCCUGCCACGGUGCGCGACGCCGUGUGCCGACUGGGCACGGGUCGCGUGCCCGAGUUUCCAGCCGUGCGCGCAGCGGUGAUCCUGCGCGCGGCGCGCCAGGUCGUGCCGCUCAUGGUGGUCGAGGACUCGCUCGACAUGGAGCUGGAGCUCACAUUCCUCGACUUCUGCGAGGUUCUGCUACUCAGCCGACAGAUGCACGCCGAGCAGCGCCGAUCUGCGCAGCGGCCGCCACCCCCGCGCGCCCGCCGUCCCUCCCGACCACUCUAUGAGCGAGUCGUGCCCACAUACGCACUGCUCCAGUACAAACAGCGGCUGUUGGCGUCCCUCCGUGAGCUCGCCGCGCCACCGCCAAAGAAGCAGCCGGCCACUAGGAACACGGCCAGGGGGGCCAAGCGCGCCGACAAGAAGUCCAGCAUCGGCUCCCAGUUGCCGCAGAAGGACAAGGACAAGAUUUCGGCCAUGAAGAUGAGCAAGAAGUCCUGA